CGGCGUUCUCCGCCGCCACUGGCACAUCCUUCGCCGACUCCGUCCACCACCCUCUGCUCUGCAGCACAUUAACCAUUGCUUGUGUUCUCUUAGACGUGCGAACAUGCUCGCAUCACUGCGCGCGACUACUCGAUGGAUAAGGCCCUUCCUCCGUCUCAAGCCACAUAAACCUCACGCUCCUUCGGAGGAGCGUUGGAUAACGCCGACCAUGGUCCUUGUUGGAUUCAUACCAAUAUUUACCUUCGCACUGGGGACAUGGCAGGUGCAACGACUCAAGUGGAAAGUAGCCCUGAUCGAUGAGCUGGAGGAGAAACUGCAAAGGGAACCCAUGACCCUGCCUAAGCGAAUAAAUCUCAAUGCCAUCCCGGAUUUCGCGUUCCGCAAGGUCAUGUUGAAGGGCCAUUGGGACACCAAGCACGCCGUGCUAUUGGGCCCUCGAGUUCGUAACGGGACCAAUGGCUAUCAUUUGGUGGUACCUUUGGUACGUGAAAAUGGCUCCACUGUCCUGGUGGAUCGCGGGUUUGUGUCGAAGGAGCUGGCGGAUUCAUGCAAAAGCCACCUCGAGAGCGGUGAAGUCGAAAUUCUCGGCAUGCUACGGACGUCCCACGUGCGAAACAACUUCACGCCCGACAACCAUCCUGAGAGGAAUGAGUGGUAUUGGGCUGAUGUGGACGCGAUGGCAGAGUACGCGGGCGGAGAGAAGGCUGGCGUGCAGCCAGUGUUCAUAGAAGAGAUCUUCGAGGGCCAUGCGGGGGAUAUAUCGUCCCGCUUGAAUCAUGGCAUACCUAUAGGAAGGGCUCCAGUUGUAGAUGUGAGGAAUUCGCAUGCCUCAUACGUCGCUACUUGGUAUGCGCUGUCUGCCUUCACGAGCGUAAUGUUCGUUCGACUAAUGAUGAAGCGGCGACAAACGAGGAUGCGGGUUCCUCGUUGAGCCACGCUAAAUGUCUUGGUCGGCUCAGGUUGACAGUACUCCUUCGUCUGCGAGUACUCGAAUAGUGGAUGUGGAUAUAUAUCAUAUCUGCUUCCGUCUGUCGUAGCGAUCGCAUCUCAUACCAAGAAUCGCAGAACACAUCAUGGAAACGUCGUGGAUGUCGAUGAGUGCUGAGUGCCAUAUUAACAUUCAUUGUAUCAUACCUAUUAUCCGGCGGCAUGACGUCACAUGAUAAGUAG